UAACCUACGUCAGUUUAUUUCAGCUACGAACACUACGUAGUCCUGAACGCGCUCCGUGCUCUCAUGUACCCGUCGAUACCUCGUUAUCCCUCGAUCUUCUGGUUUUAUCGCCUUCCAUUCAUUAACGUUUUUUCAUCGUAAUUUUUUCGUUCCGAUUCGUAAUUUCACUGGCAGAACGAAGGAAGAAAGGAAAAGAAGAAGACAAAGUGCGAACAACGUGAGAUAAGAACGCUUUAUUCGUAUAAAACAGUGAAUCGAUUGUGAACGGUGCUCCAUGCUCCCCGGAAACGGCUAUGAAGCCACAGUGACGAUUGAAUCGUACUUGAAAACGAAUCUCCCGUGAUGAUAUAUCGGUACGAGUGUUCCAUGCUAUGGGAAAACGUGCGCGACUCUGUCAGUCGUUAUCUUGGUUUUUUUGACGGAUGAACCACUUUGAACCGCGAUACCUUUGCCUUCGGGCACUUUUCGAUCUCGUUCGAGCGAGAAAAUAACGAAUGGAAUGCGACGUUCCAGCGAGUCGUGAUUGUUCAUAGGAUAACGCGUAUUUUCAAGUCGAAUCGGAGUGGUGCAUGUUCACAGUACGAAGAAGUCCUCGACAAUCCCUGUAAUUGAAAAGGAACCGAAAUUUCUUUAACGAGCACAGAUCGGUAAAGAAGAGACCAGUAUAUUUCCUUGGGAAAUAGCGUGGCAAGAGUAGAAACGCUCGUACGGAAAUUGAAAAGGAUGUAUGUUUGAACAGAGGAUUUGAAUAGAAUGGGCGAUCUUUUUGGAUUACGACCAAUGAUUCGAAAAAUUCUGGAAAUCUCUUUCGAAACAUCAUAUAUUUGAAGAAAAUCGAAUGACGAGAUUUAUCGAGGUAACUAGUGAUUUUCUUUCGAGAUCUACUAAAUUUUUAAAGUAAUAUUCGCAAGAAAUUGGAAGAGCAAACUACGAUUUCGCGUGGUGUCAAGAUUCUUUUAGAACAGUGAAAGCCUAAAGAAAGUGAGAGGUGCAUUGGACAAACCAUGCACCUCUUGUAUUUUUGGAGAAAUUUAUUUGGGAAUUAAGGACCGAAUAAGGUAAUGAAAAAUAAGAUUAAGUAAGACGUUGAUAUCCAGUUGAAAUUUUUCUCGGAGGAAGGAAAGACAAGGAAGAAAGCUGAUUUUACUUCUUUAUCUCUCACCGCAAAAGGCGCGUCCGGUUGAUUUGCGAAACGAAUGGCAAAACGUGGGUCGUAAACGAGUCGGGUCGAGUGGUACCGUGCAACUAUAAAUGGAACCUGUAAUGCCAAACCAUCGACUGUGUCACGAGGAAAAUAACAUUGCGAAGGGAAACGAAAUUUUUAAAGAAUCGUGAAUGAGAACAGAAAUUCUUCUUAGAUCAACUUCAGCUAGAUACUACGAUAGAUAUAAUACUAAGAAUUAUAAAGCGUAAUACCAAGCAUACAAGAUUAAGUAUACGGAAAGAUUGUUCCUUCGAUAAAAUAGCGUCCGAAAUUCUACAAAUUAGAAUUCUAAGAUCACUCAUUACCUUCCAAACAUAGAGUGUGAUAAAGGUUAACUACAACAAAAAAUUUCGCAUUAAAAGACAAAAAUUACAAUAAGAAGGGAAAAGAAAGUUCCUCGCACUGUAUCCGGAAAAAGACUGUACUUGACAGGUAUGUAACUACAUUCCUAAUGCCAGUUUCAAGAUUUUACGAUGCAUAGCGAUCACUGUGAAUAACCGGUCCUUUUUAUAAAUCGUAUCGUUUGAUCGUUCUCUACGCCAGCGUCAGAAGUGCAAAGAAAAAAAUAGUUCCUCGCUCGACGACACAUUCCACAAAUUCUCAAGAGGUCAGCGUACCAAUUAAGGCUCGUAGAAACGGUCUGUCGCUACGUUUUCGAGUAACGAAGCAAGAAGCGGUCGGACAAGCAACAAGUACAAACGAAACGACACGUGAAAAAUAAUAAUUAACCAAGCCGCGGAAAGGAACCGGCAAAUGAAGGAGGCUCUUGGCGCAGUCGAGAUGAGAUGCUGAUGAAAUGCCAGAGGGACAUUUCGAAAAUCUUUGCCUCGACGCAUGCGUGCCGACGCACUCGACGCCCGAUGGAGCGCGAUGAAGCUGCCCCUCGGUGGAUGAAGAAGGGUCGAGACCUGGAGAAGAGAGGUUUUCUGAUGGUGUGCAUCGACGUCGGACCAGCCAGGCUACACCGGGCGCCGCGACGCGUCAUUCCACCAUUCUUUCGUGUUAACCUCUCGACUUAAACUUUCGAUUUAACCUCUCGAUUUCUCUGUCCGAUCGAAGCUCCUUGACCGAUCAGCUGAUCACAGGAAGACAGAAUACGAUAAAAACGACAAAACAGAGAAAAGAAAAGUUAUGCCGGGUGAAAAUAGGGAAAGGAGCUUAAGACAAACAACGUCUGAUGUAAGGGAGCUUUCUCCGUCAAAGACGAGCGAGUUCGAAGUAAGAACACGCGGCAGCUCGAUGAUCCCUCUUCCUCGUGUGAUGCCACAGAACCCAAAGACCGUUAAAACGGAGAAGAAUCGUCUAAGACUGAUCAUGGAGAACAACAGAGGAUUUGUAGAUACAUCGGAGAAGGAACGAAGGAUCAACGUGGACGAGGAUGAGAUGGGCUAUCGAGUGUCUGCCAUCAGGGAGCCGGUUACACCGCGAUACUGCGACCUAUCCUGCAACGUGUAUCGAUGUCCUGUACGAAAGGAAGACGCGGAGGAUUGUCAAAAAAGAGCGGAAAGAUUAUUGUCGGAGGAGUGUCGCGUGUUUCGCGGGGCGAUAGGCGUUGACGUGGAAGGUGUCGGCUCGUGGAGGGUUCGGAGGCGCCCUCACGACAUUGAGGUAUCUACGCCCCUGAUCGGCGUCGCGGCGCACGAGCUGGAGUCGUCCGUGGACGGCGCAGCGUUCAACCCUGUCGCCGUAGCGGCGACGACAUCCGCGAGAUGCUCGCUGAUGAAAAACACGUUGAAAACGCCGUCAUCCACCUCCAUUUCUCUGCCUGUCAAUGCCCACAUCAGGCCAAGGUUGCACCUAGGCUCCGUGAUCGCUGAGACCAGCAAGGAGGAUGCCAUGGAGCCAGAAGUAAAGGAGGAGGACGAACGAAGGUCGUCCACGCCGAGCCCCGAGCAGAUUUAUACAAGAAGAAAUAAACGUUAUAAUGAAGGUGGAAGUAGCGAGGAAGACAGCAAACCAGAUACAUCCCUACAGGGCCACAGAUUACCAUCUUCUUAUCGGGGAACGUGGCCCAUUAGAAGAGACAUAUGGGCCAAUCAACAAAUGGGCUUUUCCACUCAACAAAGCACAUCAAUCACUGUACAUAACGACGUAGCCAGUGUGAUGAGCUUUUCGUCGAAUUCGGGCGGGGUCCUCGGCUGUUCUACGGAAAUGCAAGGCGAUCGAAGGCUAGGGGCGAAAGUGGACGUAGUGUACAAUCUACUGGGAAUGCUCGGUAGCACGGAGGGCCGAGAGGACAUGAGUGCAACGUUGCUCUCUAUGAGCAAUUCGAUAGACAAUUGCCUCAUAAUGAGGCAAUCAGGAUGCCUUCCACUGUUGGUACAACUAAUUCACGCUCCAGGACAAGAUCCAGAAACCAGAGAAAAGGCAUCUCGAGCUUUGCAUAAUAUAGUGUAUGCCAAAAGCGACGAGAGGGCUGGACGCCGGGAGGCGAGGGUUCUCCGGUUUCUAGAACAGUUACGGGACUAUUGCCAGACUCUAAGAACAUCCCUAGAAACGGGUCAGGUUCCCGAUGACCUAGAGAGGCAUCCCGGGCCAACGAUAGCGGCAUUGAUGAAACUUUCCUUCGAUGAAGCUCAUCGUCACGCCAUGUGCCAGCUCGGUGGACUUCAUGCAGUUGCAGAGCUGAUCGAGAUGGAUCAUAUGGCUCAUGGAAGCGAAUGCGACGAUCAAAAUUGCAUCACAUUGCGUAGAUAUGCCGGAAUGGCUCUGACGAAUCUGACAUUCGGCGAUGGAAACAAUAAAGCAUUGCUUUGUUCCUUCCGGGAGUUCAUGAAGGCUCUGGUUUCGCAAUUGAGAAGUCCAAGCGACGAUCUCAGACAAGUCACAGCGUCUGUAUUGAGAAAUUUGUCGUGGCGAGCUGAUACUAGUAGCAAGCAAACGUUGAGGGAAGUGGGAGCAGUAACUGGUUUGAUGAAGGCUGCGAUGGAGGGUAGGAAGGAAUCAACUCUUAAGUCAAUACUCUCUGCACUUUGGAACCUAUCGGCACACUGUAGUACGAAUAAAGUGGAUAUUUGUGCCGUAGAUGGGGCACUGGCAUUCCUCGUGGAUAUGUUGAGCUACAAAGCACCAUCUAAAACUUUAGCCAUUGUUGAAAACGCCGGUGGUAUUUUGAGGAAUGUAUCUAGUCACAUUGCUGUUAGAGAAGAUUACCGAGCCAUUGUAAGAGAGAGGGGAUGUUUGCAAGUAUUGUUACAACAAUUGCGAUCACCUAGUUUAACCGUCGUUAGUAACGCUUGUGGAGCUCUGUGGAAUCUUUCUGCUCGAUGUCCACAGGAUCAGCGUCUGUUAUGGGACCUGGGCGCAGUUCCAAUGCUUCGUAGUCUAAUUCACUCCAAGCACAAGAUGAUUUCAAUGGGUUCAAGCGCAGCCUUGAAGAAUUUACUGAGUGCCAGACCAGGCUGUAAUAAUCUCGUUCACUUAGACUCGACAGCACGCGGAUUAGGACUUCCAACUCUACCAACUUUAGUUGCACGCAGACAAAGGGCUCUGGAGCAAGAAAUAGAUCAAAGCUUGGCUGAAACUUGCGAUAACAUCGAACCUAGCACAUCUCCGACUAACAAAGACGAUAAAUUUUCGUUCAAGGUGGAACAUAGCUUUUUGGGAAUCAACACGCGAACUUUACGCUCCUAUCAACUACAUAAUCAACCUAGCACAUCCAAUAUGAAGUGCAACGGAGUCGCCAGAAGCGAGAGUAGAGACUCUAUGCGCUCCAUAACAAGCACCCAUUCUGACACCAUGUUUGAAAGGGUAAAUCGACACGUAUUGAAUGGACUAUCUCCUACUGAUAUUCAGAUAAAACAACAGUCCUCGUCGCUACACUCCGCAGUCGGUUUCGACAGCGGAAUGUCCAGUGACGCUCACUCGAAGACCUCUUCGGAGAAGAAGUAUACGUUACGCUAUAAAAACGCCAUCCCGGAUCGUUUGAAGUCGUCGGACGGUUUUAAUGGCCUCGUCGACCUUAGAAGCACUAAUUCUACCAUUUCCUGGUCCUCGGCUCCGGAUCAAGAAUCCGCCUGUUCACAGAAUUUGCUACACUCUUCCGUAGAAGACAACUUGCCACAAAGCAUCACGUCUGUGCUAAAGACUAGUAGUCAAUCCAGUAUUUCUGAGGAAACGGAGUUGAACGUUUGCACAAAAACCGAGUACGUGAGCACGAAGCCUGAAAUAGAAACCUCGACCUCGUUAUCAUUCGUUAACAACAGCUCUCCCGCGAAAGACAACAUCAACUUUGGAAACGUCUACAACAAGACUGUUUUGCAUCAGCACAGUUCGUUGAAUACUAUACAACAGGCUAUUUCACCGACUGUCAGUUAUCGAACAGAGGGAAAUCUGUUCAGUGAUUAUGCCGAGACGGAUUUGGAUCAACCAACUGACUAUAGUUUGCGUUAUGCUGAACGAAGUCUGGAAGACGAAGAAAAACCACAUUCUCACUAUUUCCCGAGUAACGAUCAAGAGCUUAUCCACGAAGAUACAGUAAAGACCUAUUGCACAGAAGGAACUCCACAUGGAACGUCUUUAAAUUCUUCCAGAGCGGCAUCGGCUUCUGACUUGCAAGAGGAUAGUCGACAGAGAAGUUUAUUGAAAAAGAUUCAGGAACAAGGUAAACUGCAAGAUACGGAGGAAUUGAAUUUAGAAUGUACCAGAAUGGAAUGUACGGAAGUUUCGAGUGACAAGAAGAGAAGUCAAAUGUUGCAGUACUUUGAAACGAAUAUCAAGGAUAAUAAUGUUGAGGAAAAUGAUCACACUUCUAUGAAAAGUUCAUUGAGCGUAAGAACAACAAUUACACAAGUAUCCUCGAGCAACUUACAAUAUGCUGAGAGUGAUACUAUAGCGCCCAAUUCUACAGAAAAUAAACCAGAGAAAAAAUACGAUACACAGAAUGGCAUGUUUGAAAAAAACGAUAAAUUUGAUAAAAGUUAUCCUAGCAACGGUGUUAAUUCGUACGUGACUAGUGCAUUGAAGGCUUCUAACGAUUCAGGAUGUAAGGAAUUUGAACUAAAAGGAGAUACCCGUAACAUGCCUUAUAUAUUAAAUAUAAACAACUCUUCCGAAUGUUUAGAUCAAGUCAGUGAUGGCGAUGAGGACGACGAAGAUCUGCUUACAGCUUGCAUUAAUAUUGGAAUGCAAAAUAAUAGUUGCCAACUGCCGAAUAAAAUGACCUGGUCGGAAUUUUCUGCUUAUGUAUACAAAGGAGAGUGGAACGAAUGGGGUAUCCGAGAUGAAGCCUCGCAAGUACAUAUAGUUGUGCACAGGGCCUUUAAGCUCGACCAUAGUCUUGUUCAUAAACAGAAGAUAGCAGUCGAUGGCCGGCAACCAAUACUGAUGCAUACACUGUCACAGACGCAUGAUUAUAGACAUAGGCAUUCGUUUAUAGGAAAUAAUUUUGAAAAAGUUCCACGAAAUGAAAGCAAUCUUGCCAGGUACCAAACAAGUGUUGCACUAGAUCAAAUGGAGUGCAAUUCAUCUGUCGAUUCUACCAUGAACAGUCUUGAUACAAAACAAUCUGGAUCUGAAGAAAUGGUAGAUCCUGAUAUUUGCACUGAUAACGUUAAUGAUAACUCAUCGAAUAUGAAUAUUGUGCCAGAUUAUAGUCAAAGUACGGCCAAAUUUAUGCAAAAGGUGAUAGAAACUAAAAUUCCAGUGCAACAAUCGAAUCAAGUUUUGCAGAAUGAGUUGGACAAAGUAAGAAACACGGAACGCGGUUCAUUAUUAGGCGAUGAUAGUCUGUGCAAUUUCUCAUUACCUUCGAACUUGAGGAAUAGCCCGAUACUACAUGAAACAGUAGUGUUUAACACAGAACCUACACAGCAGCAAUAUCUAUCUAGUAUCGAUACCCAAUCGAACGAAGAAAUGUCGUCUCUGAUACAUAAUGACCUUAUUGACAAUGAUCAAAAUAUAGAUGAUGAUUCUGCUAAGUGGGGAAAUGAUAAAACAUCAAAAACAUUAAAAGACAAAGCGAUGGAGAAUUCGUCUAUGCAACAAUCUUAUACUAAAGUAACAGAUUCAGAGAGUAGCGAAUCGAUUGAUUCUGUGGAACAAUCAGAACACGCACUUUUAGAAUUGUGUAUACAACCUGGAUUAACGAAAACUAUGGAUAAUAUUCAGCUAAACAAAACCACGAUGAAUGAAAUCGACAGUGAAUUUGGGGAACGAAAAAUUAGUAAUUUUGAUGAAAGCAGUAAAAUGUACAAUGACACGUGUGAAAUAGAUGGCAUUAAUAAAGAAAAAGUUGAUUCAAAGCACAAACUGGCACAGAAACCUGCAGACUCAACGAAAUAUGUGGAGAAGGAAGAUGUAUAUCGGCGUCAAAGGGAUCCUGAUGCUAUGAUUGCCUCGUUAGAUCGCUUAACUGCGACUCUCGUGCAACAAACGGAAGCAAUUCGAGAACGAGAUUCAAGCGCAAUGAAACAGAGCAUAUUGAGUGAUACAUGGAAUGAAGAUUCUCCUAAUGAUGUAUCUUUUCCUAGCAUAAGUAUUAGUGCCCCUAUAAUCGCUUCAUUUAAAAGCGAUGUACCAGAAGAACCAGGAACAAUCACCUCAGAGUGUUAUGAAACAGCAAGUAGCGACAAUGGGCACAUGACAAAUUCAAAAAUUAUUCAAAGAGAAGCGAUUAAAUUGGCUGAAGCGGUGGAUGCAGAAAUGAAUCGACAGAAUGAACUAGAUACAACCAGUAUGACGUCCAUGGAUUUAGAAGCAAUAAAACCACCUUCCUCGAUGGGAAGCUUACUAUCACUGACAGCUAGCUACGCAGGUUCAGGUGACUGUAGUGAGUCAUUCGUUAAUCGAGACAGAUGUAAUUCUACGUCCUUGCCUCCAAUCCAGGCGAAGAAUAUAUCUUCGACAGAUUCUCGAAGCUGUCGUAAGAAAUCUCUUCCUUUGGGUGUCGUAGCUAAAAGAGCUCUGAGUCAAACUCAGAGCCACACCGGUAGUCUCGAAAAUUUGUUGAACGAAUGUACUGGUUCGCACUUAGAAAGUGUCAAACCACCAUCAAUGAUGGACGAGUUACCAGACGUUGGCGAUAUGGAAAAUAGUAUGUUAAGCGUGGCUAGUAUUACAUCAGAGGUUGCAGAUUCUAAGGAUCAAGACUCGCAGAACUUAAGUGGGAGCGACGCUGUUUUUGACUUACUAAAACCUGUCGCAAAUGUGCUAUCCAUGACGUGCAUGCGUUAUGCCGAAGCUAUGCAGAAUAGUGCAAAUAAUAGUUUGAGUGAAUAUCUGGAGAACAUCAAUCCACCUUCGCUGUUCAAUGAAGUGUGUGAAAUGGAUGAGUCAACAGUGGAACAAGCUACAGAAACUAUAUGCAGCGAUACGUUGUGUAUUGAUGCGGAAUUACAUACCGAAGAAGCUCCACAUCCUGUGAUGAUAGACAGAAUCGACGAAGCAGGUGAUACCGAUGAGGCAGUUACACCAAUUUCGUCUGAAUACUGCGUUACUAGCUCGGCAGAGUCCACACCUAGGAAGCGAUUACACAGAAAUUUAACACCAAAGCAGAAAAGAACUUUGGCCAAGGAAAGAUAUAAGACGUAUACUAUAGCUGCGGAACUCGACAAAAAGGAAGAAGAACGACAGGAAAACGUAGUACAGGAGAAGAUUGCACGGGGGAAAAUUUCACCUUUUUCCAAAUUGACACCUAAACAACGUAGACAAGAAGAUAGAGCCAGGUUUCAAACACAGGUAUUGGAAAAUCCCUUCCCCGACAUGAAUCAAGAUCAAAAUAAUCAACAGGAAGUUAAUGCUACUUAUGAACAAGAGAAUUCUGAAAAGACAACGGGAGCAACGUCCCCGGUAAAAUCUGCUAUCCCCACAUUGUCAAAACUAUCCGCUUGUAAAACGUUGAUUAAAAAGCGUGCUGAGCAAAAGAAGAACAGGGAAAGAUAUCGUACAAGAACUUUGAACGAUUCAGAACGCAUAUUCAGAGAUACAGAAAGUAAUACUACUACAAACGCGGUAGAAGAUAGAUUACCAGAUUCAACGCACACUAUCGAAUCGGAUGAAAUUCAAACCAUGUUGGAACAGAAUGCAACCAUCGUGUUAAAUACAUUAAACGAAUCAAAUAACACAAAUGAAACUGGCGAGGAUGGGUUGCUAGAUUGCGAGACUAUUAGUUUAGUAUCAAAUGAAUCAGAAUCAGAACGGAACCUACGGAUGCGGUUUGUCAACGGCGUUUCUAAAAGACUAAUAGGUUCAUGUGUUCAACAAAUGGACAAUGUACAAGAACCAGAGGACGCUCAUAAGGAAACAAUCGAGAUCGAAGAACCCAGGUCGCAAGAAGACAUCAGGUAUACAGAUAAUGUGGAAACUGAGAGUGAGGAUGAAUCUAAUAAUACCGAGGGACCACUUAGAGAAACAAAAAGGCCCCGAAUAAUUAAACCAGGAAUGGUGAGAGAUCCCAGUAAUGAUUCUAACGCUACGGAUAAAUCAGACCCAGAAAGUCCAAAGGCCAUUCGCGGAAGAAGAAAAGCUCUCUACUCAAAUCCAAUUACGCGAAAACCAACGCCACAAUCAUCUCCAUUGAAACAGGUGAAUCCUGUCAGUGGAAUACCUAUAGGUCGUAGCAACACUUCACCUAUUGUAAGAGCAACUAGAGCUACCACGCUGAGACAAAAUAACAAUAGUCCAGGUACAGCGACGAAGGAAUCAACAAAAUCAAAUAUAAGUCCUAAAAUGAAUCCCAGUUCAACAGAUGACAAACGAACGAAGAUUUUAUCGGUGGCUGCAAAAAGAGCAUCAGUUCCACAGAAAGGAUCGUCAUUAACUUUCACAAAGUCCGUAAAGAGGCACAGCACACCUCCAACGUGUUCUUCCUCGAACUAUCAACAAGAAACUAAGACGGACGUAACGAUUAAGCCCUUGGAACGACAAGGAACAUUUACCAAAGACGAACCAGAAGUGAAGAAUGCGCCCACCGUAGAGUCUUCGUCACCUUCGCCGAUAAAAACGAAAAUCGCAAAACCCAUUAAAGGUGCAACAUCCAAGGUACAUCCAACAACUGGGAAACCAAAACUUACGCCAAAGACACAUCAAGCGCACCAAUCAAAAUUGUCAAAGGGAAACGCUUCAGAGAAAAUUCAAUCUUCGAAAGCAUUACCAUUACUGGUGGCUCCAAAACGAUUACCUACAGGAAAAACAACUGCAACUCCAAAAAUAUCAGUCAAUAAUCAAAAUACUGCACAAAUAGAAAGCGGUAAAGUCUUUCGAAAGGUAGGUCCCCUUGGUCAGAGAUCUAACAGUAAUUCAAGUAUUGUAUCCAACUCCUCGACCGGAAUGCAAACUAGAAAAUUGGCAAAGGAAGCGACUAGUAAAAUUGCAAGCCUUUGGAAAAAGGUAGAGGAGAGUAAAAAUAAGCAACGGUUUGAGAAACCAGAUACUAGGCAGUGGCUACAGCCUGGUAAUUGUGCUAACGAGAUGGAUACCCCAUCUCCAGUGAGCAAUCCGCCAGCUUUUAGGUUGUUUCGUAGUUCCACGUUCGAAGGAGUGCCCCAAGAGAAUGAUAAUCCCGAAUCAGCUUUGUACAAAUCGAAAUUGAAGAGACCAUUGGUAAUGGGCGUACAACCUAGUAAAGUGAAAUACAGAAACUCUUGUGACUUGAGCGGAAUGAACGCAAACGACGCACCUUGCAAGAUUCCUGUAAAGUCUAGUGACGCUUCUACGUACAAGAAAGACAUCGUAGAUGUAGUUGAUACCUCGGUUGUUCUGCGAAAAUCACAGCAUACCGAAUCCUCCACGGCAGAGGUAGAUCCUAUGAAACGAAUAUCACGUCUUGGUUCCUUUAUAAGAGUAGACUCUCCGAAUGCAGAAGGUUCUGCACAAACAUACGUUAAUGGGUCCGGUGUGCGUACACCCGCGUCCGCUAUUGUCCCACCUUUUAAUUACAACCCGAAGCAAGAUAUCCCUUUGCAAAUAGCCAAAGUAACGCCGGAUGAAACUGAAAGCAAAUUCAGAGUGACAGAUUGUCAUAGCGACAUAGUCACAGCUUCUACGAGAGUAACAACGGUAUAGUGAAAGUCUGUUAUAAACUAAACAACUUUUUUUCGUAGUAUUGCUUUUCUGUUUCAGGCUAGUCAUUGUACAUUUGAUUUACUGCUGUAUUGAUCGUAAAUCAACACGCAGUACAUAUAUUACGAAUACUUAAGUAAGUUGAAGGUUUCUUUCUUACCUCACACAUCGUUUAAAGGACACCGAAAAUCUUCAUGGUAUCUCAUUAAUUUUUACACACUAAAGAUAAGAAGAAUAACCGUUUGAAUACUUUUCUUCGUUGCAUGUGCAUUGGCAAUGCAAUUUUUAUUCCCCCCUUUUUUUAAGAGGUAUAAUUAAAAUGUGACAUAGCCGAAAAUCCUGAUAUAUCAUUCCUAUUCACUUUGCGUAUUGUAUAUACAUAUAUUGAGAAAUUCCAUAAUUACGAAGAAAAUUAAAAAUCGGUAGUACGUAGCAGUAAUUAUGCUGGAUUAUUUAAUUCAAUUUUGUAUAUAUUAAACGUCGAUGAAGAAUGUAGAAAGUUUAGUGAUAUGUAUUACGACGCAUGAUGUAUAUGGAAAUAUGUCGCUAUACAUCUUCGUAAUAGAUAAAUUUGCAAGGAAUAAGAUUUGUAUUUUGUUUCCAUCGUAAACUGAUUUGUAUUCUUUUAAUUGAAUACAAAGUCUAAUUACUUUUUAAAGACUGAUAGAAACACGAUGAAGAUUUGGACGAAAUUUGGACAUUUUCAGCGCAACAAAAUGUUACGACAAAAGCAGUAGUGAUGUUUAUAUCGAUGUAGCGGUCUAAGUAACGCUAAACUGGCAUUAUGUGAAGAGACAGAAUUUUGUAAACCCUUACUUUAAGUUUCUAGUCUACUUGAAAAUUUACAGUUAAAAUAGCUUCUAUUUUGGUCAUAUAUGUAUUACAUAAAAAAAUCGAUUUGCAUGUAACAAGUGUCUACUGAUUCGAUUGUUACCCUUUCUAAAAUACAUGUAGGUAUAAUUAAGAGUGUGUACGGAUCAAUUAUGUAUUUAUAGCUCGGAAGGUUUAAGAUAUUGGCAUGCCGUUUAAUAAUUUUACUUUCACACGUUCUCAUUUGUUUUCUAGUUUCAUUGGAAAAUUUGCUAUUGUUCGAAGCAUUUAAUGCGUACGAUACUUUAAGUUUGUUUCUAUAUCGCGUCAUCUUCCCUUCUACAUGCACCCGAUCGAUCUAAAAUUUCAUUAGAAGGAAACUGUUUGACACGAUAUAGAAUAGAUUUUACUAUUCAUUAUUUACGUAUUUGUUACACAAGUCUUAUACCCUGUUCCAGUUCGAGUUAAUUAGAUUUAACCCUUCCAACUUGGAGCCACAUCAGGGUACCUUUAUAUUUUUUUCUUCAUACAGGAUUUGAUCUGUACACCAGAAUUCCUUUUCAGGGUUCUUUUGUAAUCUUCGUCUUUUACUUAGAUCUUAAGUAUUCAUCUUUUGUUAUACUGUAUUUUAGAUUCGGCAGACAUCUUAAUGAUUUGUAUAUUAAUAAUUACAGUACAAUAAAAUUUAUAGAUACUAAUA